AUGUCUCAUUUCAGCAUCAGCCUUGGAUCCAGGGUCUCAGCAUUUAAAUCAGGAAAGGUGUUUGAUAUAAAAGUUUGGACUGAGUGUGUUGUGAAAUGGGCUGUGAAGGACCCAUGUGGCUUCCUUAUGACAGUGAUUUUGGUCCUUACUCCAUUGUUCCUAGCAAGUGCUGUACUGUCCUGGAAAUUGGCCAGGAUGAUUGAGGCCAGAGAAAAGGAGCAGAAGAAGAAACAAAAACAUCAAGAAAAUAUUGCAAAAGCCAAAUGACCAAAAAUGGAUUGUAGAAAAGAACAGGCUCUGAAACCGGAGAAAAAUCAUUUGGAAAAUUAUGAAGCUUUGGAGGUACUCACUAAGGUUUCUUCUUUGGAUUUUAUGACAGUAUUAUAUAGUAAACAAAGUCUGACCAUAUGGAAGAAUCAUGUUAGUUAUGACUUCAGUACUGUAGUAACUUUUAGGCUUGGAUAUAGAAGUGUGUUGGUAUCUGUGACAGUUAUUGGGUAAAUUAGCAUUUAUUAUGUUACAAAAUCUUUAUAACUGACUCAGUCAUUUGCCAUUUUGUAGCCUAUGUACUGAAAUAAAAAUAUCCUGUGGUGAAAAAAAUGACCUUAAAUCAUGAACUCUAUCAAAUAAUAGCUUAAAUUUGGGUCCCAUUCUGGACAAAGAAAGUAAAAGUUAGAAUUGUCCUCUUUCAGAUAAAAAGUAUGUUUGGGCUUUAAAAAGAUACAGUAUAUUAAUCACAUCUUUUGUCAUUGUUGCUGAUUUCUUGGAAUAUAAUCAUUUCUGUUUUUUUCAAAGCAAAAUAUUAAUCAUUUAAUUCUUUAUUUUCUGUAUAGUUUGUCUGAUUUUUAGCCUUUAUACUGGUAAUAUAGUUAUCAGACAUUCUGCAUUUUUAAACCUAAUUUUAUAAAGAGUUCUCUUGUCCUGACUAGUAGAAUACCACCUGCUGGAUUUAACAAUUUUUGUAUUUCCUUUGUUUUGUCAGUCCUUAAAUAUUUCUCCAAUCUACUGGGUGAA